AUGGAAAAAUUCCUUUUUUAUCUGUUUUUCAUUGGCAUAGCAGUGAGAGCUCAGAUCUGUCCAAAGCGUUGUGUCUGUCAAAUUUUGUCUCCUAAUCUUGCAACCCUUUGUGCCAAGAAAGGGCUUUUAUUUGUUCCACCAAACAUUGACAGAAGAACUGUGGAACUGCGCUUGGCAGACAAUUUUGUUACAAAUAUUAAAAGGAAAGAUUUUGCCAAUAUGACCAGCUUGGUGGACCUGACUCUAUCCAGGAAUACAAUAAGUUUUAUUACACCGCAUGCUUUUGCUGACUUACGAAAUCUGAGGGCAUUGCAUUUGAAUAGCAACAGAUUAACUAAAAUUACAAAUGAUAUGUUCAGUGGGCUUUCCAAUCUCCAUCAUUUGAUACUGAACAACAAUCAGCUGACUUUAAUUUCAUCUACAGCAUUCGAUGAUGUCUUUGCCCUUGAAGAGCUGGAUCUGUCCUAUAAUAAUUUAGAAACAAUUCCUUGGGAUGCUGUUGAGAAGAUGGUUAGCUUGCACACUCUUAGUUUGGAUCACAAUAUGAUUGAUAACAUUCCCAAGGGGACUUUCUCCCACUUGCACAAGAUGACGCGGCUAGAUGUAACAUCAAAUAAAUUGCAGAAGCUACCACCUGACCCUCUCUUCCAGCGAGCUCAGGUACUAGCGACCUCAGGAAUCAUAAACCCGUCUACGUUUGCAUUAAGUUUUGGUGGCAACCCUUUGCACUGCAAUUGUGAAUUGUUGUGGUUGAGACGUCUGUCCAGAGAAGAUGACCUAGAGACUUGUGCUUCUCCAGCACUUUUAACUGGUCGCUAUUUUUGGUCAAUUCCUGAGGAAGAGUUUUUGUGUGAGCCUCCUCUCAUUACUCGCCAUACACAUGAGAUGAGAGUCCUGGAGGGUCAAAGAGCAACCCUGAGAUGCAAAGCCAGGGGAGACCCUGAACCUGCAAUCCACUGGAUUUCUCCUGAAGGGAAGCUGAUUUCAAAUGCAACAAGAUCUCUGGUGUAUGAUAAUGGAACACUGGACAUCAUGAUAACAACUGUAAAGGAUACGGGUGCUUUUACCUGCAUCGCUUCCAAUCCUGCAGGGGAAGCCACACAAACAGUGGAGCUUCACAUAAUUAAGCUCCCUCACUUACUGAACAGUACAAAUCACAUCCAUGAGCCUGAUCCUGGUUCUUCAGAUAUUUCAACUUCUACUAAGUCAGGUUCUAAUGCAAGCACUAGUAAUGGUGAUACCAAAAUGAGUCAAGAUAAAAUUGUGGUGGCAGAAGCAACGUCAUCUACGGCAUUACUUAAGUUUAAUUUUCAAAGAAAUAUUCCUGGAAUACGUAUGUUUCAAAUCCAGUACAAUGGUACUUAUGAUGACACCCUUGUUUACAGAAUGAUACCUCCUACGAGCAAAACUUUUCUUGUCAAUAACCUGGCUGCUGGAACUAUGUAUGACUUGUGUGUCUUGGCAAUAUACGAUGAUGGCAUCACUUCUCUCACUGCCACAAGAGUCGUGGGUUGCAUCCAGUUUACUACAGAACAGGAUUACGUGCGAUGCCAUUUCAUGCAAUCCCAAUUUUUGGGAGGCACCAUGAUUAUUAUUAUUGGUGGAAUAAUUGUAGCAUCCGUGCUGGUUUUCAUCAUCAUUCUAAUGAUCCGGUAUAAGGUUUGUAACAAUAAUGGCCAACACAAGGUCACCAAGGUCAGCAAUGUCUACUCUCAAACAAAUGGGGCUCAAAUGCAAGGCUGCAGUGUGACGCUGCCCCAGUCCAUGUCCAAGCAAGCUGUGGGGCAUGAAGAGAGUGCUCCGUGUUGUAAAGUUGCCAGUGACAGUGUGAUACAAUCUUCAGAAGUUUGUUCGAGUCAGGACUCCUCUACCACUACCUCUGCUUUGCCUCCUACCUGGACUUCAAGCACUUCUGUGUCCCAAAAGCAGAAAAGAAAGACAGGCACAAAGCCAGGUACCGAACCGCAGAAUGAAGCUGUCACAAACGUUGAGUCCCAAAACACUAACAGGAACAACUCUACUGCAUUGCAGUUAGCUAGUCGACCUCCUGAUUCUGUCACAGAGGGGCCCGCAUCUAAAAGAGCACAUUCAAAGCCAAAUGCUUUGCUGUCUAAUAUUGACCAGAUUGUCCAGGAAACACAGAGGCUGGAGUUAAUCUGA